AACGCCGCCACGUGUCCCCAAACCUGGCAACUUCACCAUCCCCAAACUCAAAAGCUUUCCUCCCACCCUCGCCCUCUCAUCAAUGUAUCGUAUUCGCAUGAAUUAGGGAUUGUUAGUUUUUACCUUGCCCGUUUUUUUGAGGGAGAGCGCACUAUUUUACGACCCUUUUUUAUUAUUUAUUCAUUAGUUUUUUUAUUGAAGGAGGGUUACGAGCGAUCCACAAGGUUUGGGGGAUUUUCCGGGGUUUUCUUGAUUUUUGGGUUUUGAGAAGAAAAUUAAAAGUUCAGGGCUCUGGUGUUGUUGGAAUCCCCUGUUAUCAGGGCUUUAGGAUUUGGAUUGGGAGCGUAUGAGUGUUAAGACAUUCAAGUGUGAAUUCAAUGUGUACACUUGAGGGGGUGAAGAAUCUGAGCCAACUAGAAUCUGAGUCUACCCAAUAUUAGUGAUCAACAACUGCUAACCUCAGUCGUUGAUGGAUAGCCCUGCAAUGACCCCGGCAGGCGUCCUGAGUGGCGAUGAAAGUCAGCGUAUUAAAUUCUUAUGCAGUUUCAGUGGUAGUAUACUUCCCCGCCCUCAAGAUGGGAAGCUUAGAUAUGUUGGAGGUGAGACGCGGAUUGUGAGUGUUCAGCGUGAUAUAACUUAUGAAGAGCUCAUGGGGAAGAUGAGGGAGCUUUAUGAGGGUGUAACUGUGCUGAAAUACCAGCAGCCGGAUGAGGAUCUUGAUGCUCUUGUAUCUGUUGUAAACGACGAUGAUGUUACUAAUAUGAUGGAGGAGUAUGAUAAGUUGGGAUCCGUAGAUGGGUUUACUAGGUUGAGGAUUUUUUUGUUUGCCCAUUCUGAUCAAGAUGGUUCUUUACAUUUCGGAGAUGGAGAUGAAAGGGACAAUGAGAAGAGGUACGUGGAUGCCUUGAAUAGCCUUAAUGAGUCUCCUGAGAGGAAGCCACUUGGUGAAUCGUUGUUAGUUGGAUCACUUGAUGAUGUCCAAUCUGCUGAGCAAUACUUUACCCAAAUGAAUCUAGAUGGCAGUGUCCAUGGCCAGAGAAAUAUGGAAUUACCGAUGGCUCAAAUGAAUCUGCGGCAUUUGACAAUUCCUCAUCCAGGCUCAGGGCAACUCCAGCAAGCAGUUAAUCAAAGGUAUAAUGAAAUGGAGGCUCCAUGGAGUCCUGCUUAUUACUCUCCUCGACAACCUUUAGAUCAGAGACCAGUUGCUGAAUUUCCUACUUCCCCUUCAUCAUCUCGUUAUCGAACACCAUAUGGAGACUUCGAUAGAGUUCCUGAAGAUUAUAACCGGCCUCCUAUUAAUAAUCAUUCUAUUUAUGAGCAACAGCCACCAUAUGCAGACAAUGUGGUGCUGAUUCCAGCUGGCUCUGUUAACAACAUGCUCCAAGGGUCCAAUGUUUACGACGCCAGCAGUGUUUGUGAUCAUUGCCGGAUGCCAUAUCAAAGAAAUCAAGUUUAUCCUGAUUCUUCUUGGAAGCCUGGUGAGCAGUCGCGUUUGGAGCCACCAAACAUGGGAAAUGGAUAUCUUCAGGUCCCUAGUUCUUGUUCUGAGUGCCCUCGACACCGAGACAUAUACAUGUUGAAUUCAGAGGGAAACCUAAAUCCUCCCUUUUACAGCAGGGAACCUAAUGAUCCUCGGUCAAUGUAUUCUGAAACCCAUGGUCAUGAAAGAGGAUGGAAUUCUCCGCAUCAGUCAAAUCCUUGGACAGAGGAACCUAGACCACGUCUAUCUGUACCUGUAUCUGGAAGGUUAGCUGAUAGUUAUAUUGUGGAGAAUGGGAUGAAUGUUCCACUCGGGCAUGGUAAUGUAUGUGACGGGCACCAAAUGCAAUCAAACUACAUCCAUCAUGAUGAUCAACGCUAUCCUCGUCCUGGAGUUGACUAUGGCAGUCAAGGGUUUCAGGACCAAGCUGCAGCAACAGGAUCACAGGUCCAUUUGCCCCCCGCAGAGGAGCGGAGUGCUCGCUUUGGGAAUGCUCCCUACACAUAUGGAACUGAUAAUGUGUACCAGGUUCCUCAUGGCCAUAUUCCUACACAACCUCUGUGGAGAAAUGUUCAUAGUCCAUUGCAGGGCGGUCCCUCUUAUGAAACGCCGGUUUCUUCUCAGCUAGUUAAUGGCUCUAUUCCAAUGGGUUUCAUUCGUGGUGCUCUGGAGGGAAGUCCCAGGGUGAGAACUGGUUUAGAGAAUCAGAGUCCCUGGGCAGAGUCAUCGCAGAAAGUUGUGGGCUAUGAUGGUUCUCUUAUGUCAGACUUUCCUCAUAUACAGGCUGUGAAACUUCCUCCUAACAAAUACACUUUGGAGAACCCCCAUCCAUGUAAUGUGGAACCUGUCCAAUCAGCAGCUGUGUUGGCUACACCAGUCACUUCUAAAGAUCCAUUUACUAUGUCUGAUCCAGUCUCACUAGUUGAUGAUACAUCAGUGGCUGUGAAUGUUGCUGCUUCUGUAAUAGGUUCCUGGAGUGGCAGUGAAACUAAUAAAUCAGCUAUCAGGAAUGAGAAUGGUGCAUAUGAUGGGAGCAAUGAGAAAAAUAAUGGAGCUGUGGCCAAAGGUUCUUGUGUUCAUGCGUCCAUUGACAUGAAGUCAGAUGCUUCAGCAUCAUCGACAGUCAUAAGUUCCGAUGUUCCAAAAUCUGCAAUUGAAAAUGGUGAUGCUUUAAAUGGUGAUGAAACUAAUGCUGGUGCUCCUGAGCAGCAAGAUGAAAGAUUGGAAUUCUUGCCUGAGUUAAUUGCGUCUGUGAAGGAGGCAACGUUACAGACUUUGAAGGAGGUGAAAGCUAAAGUUCAAGAAGACUCUGAUUUGGGCAGUGUGCAUGAUACUGAUACAAAGGAGGAUGCUCAAAACCAAAAAAAUGUAGAUGGCAACAUGGAGCUGGAGGUAGAUUCUGAUAAUGACAAUGUUGACCACUCUGAGAUAGAGAUGACAAAAGCUGAGGCAGAAGCACUUGACCGAGGAUUGCAGACAAUAAGAAAUGAAGAUCUGGAGGAAAUUCGGGAAUUAGGUUCUGGAACUUAUGGUGCUGUAUUCCAUGGGAAGUGGAAAGGAUCAGAUGUAGCCAUAAAAAGAAUAAAAGCCAGCUGCUUUUCUGGAAGACCCUCUGAAAGGGAACGCCUGAUUGCUGAUUUUUGGAAGGAAGCUCUGAUACUAAGUUCGUUACACCAUCCAAAUGUUGUCUCUUUCUAUGGGGUGGUUCGUGAUGGUCCUGAUGGAUCCUUAGCAACUGUGACAGAGUUCAUGGUUAAUGGAUCCUUGAAACAAUUUCUUCAAAAAAAGGACAGAACAAUUGAUAGACGUAAGAGACUCAUAAUUGCAAUGGAUGCUGCAUUUGGUAUGGAGUACCUCCACGGAAAAAAUAUUGUUCAUUUUGACCUAAAAUGUGAAAAUCUACUGGUAAACAUGAGAGACCCGCAUCGUCCAGUGUGCAAGAUUGGCGACCUGGGCUUAUCGAAGGUAAAACAGAAUACUUUAGUGUCGGGAGGUGUUCGUGGGACAUUACCGUGGAUGGCACCUGAACUCCUGAGUGGAAAAAGUAACAUGGUGACAGAAAAGAUUGAUGUUUACUCAUUCGGGAUUGUCAUGUGGGAGCUACUUACUGGUGAUGAGCCAUAUACCGAUAUGCACUGUGCUUCUAUAAUUGGAGGGAUUGUGAACAACACUUUGCGCCCACAAAUCCCUACAUGGUGUGACCCGGAAUGGAAGUUGUUGAUGGAAAGUUGCUGGGGUUCUGAUCCGGCAGAGAGGCCAUCGUUCUCAGAAAUAGCUCAGAAAUUAAGAAAUAUGGCUGCAGCGAUGAAUCUGAAAUGAUGCUUUCACUCGAGAGAAUUUUUUAUACUUUUGAGAGAGUACAAGGUGUAGAGAGGAGCAUAUACUUCAUGAUAAUAAUCCAUGUUAUAUUUACCCUCUUCAUCUGUGAAAUAAAAUAAUAUUUGAUCUCUUGUUUCAUGGAGCGCGAUAAACACGCCUUGAGAGAUGGCCAAUGUUGGAAGAUGGUUGGGUGUGGAUGAUGCUUCUCUUCUGCCACCAGAGAUGUGUAAAUGUAUUUAAGCAUUAUGCAGUUGAACGUUAACGUUUAUUCCUCGUAUCGUGUAAAUUCCACAAUGUAAAUCCGACACCCGAUUUUAAUGCUUGGUGCUCAUCUUCUCAAAAGUUUUGGUAUGUAGAAGUUGGCGCAUUUCUGGAGGGAUUUUGUUGGUUAAUAAAUUUUGGGAUAUUCUGUCAA